AUGAAUCUGCGUUCUGUAUUUACUGUAGAACAACAAAGGAUAUUACAGCGUUAUUAUGAAAAUGGAAUGACAAAUCAAAGUAAAAAUUGCUUUCAGCUCAUAUUACAGUGUGCACAAGAAACUAAACUGGACUUCAGUGUAGUCAGGACGUGGGUUGGCAAUAAACGAAGGAAGAUGAGCAGCAAGAGUGCUGUAGAAUCUGGAGGCACCCCCCCAGGGACUGUCCCUACUACUCCCUCAGUACCUCCAGAAGCAGCAGUUAGAAAUGUGGUAAAUAUUGCUCGAUCCCAAAGUCAGCAGUCUUCUUGGACCUCUUCUAAUAACGAUGUAAUAGUUACUGGUAUAUACAGUCCUGCUAGUUCAUCCGGUAGGCAAGGAUCCACCAAACAGACAAAUGCUUCAAUGGCAGAAAUACAUAAAACCUCUAUUCCACGACUACCGGGAAAAAGUGAUACAGAGUUUCAGCAGCAGCACAUCCCUAUAGGACGACAAGUACCACAUUGUAAAAAUGCUUCCCUAUUAGUAGGGGAAAAGACUAUUAUUUUAUCUAGGCAAACAAGCGUACUGAAUUCUGCAAACUCCAUAUAUAGUCACACUAAAAAAAGCUAUGGUGGGUCAUCGGUCCAGACCGCAGAGUUGGUGUUACCUCAGAAACCGAUGAUAUGCCACAGACCCUGUAAAGCUGAACCCGUGGGAUGUCAAAGGUUGCAAAAACCGGAACAUGCAGCUCUCGUAUCGCAUGUGCCCCCUGGACAAAGGGCUAAUACCAGGGGCCCUUCUUGUAGCACACAAAACCUGGAAAUCCGUGAAGUGUUUUCUCUGGCGGUUACGGAUCAACCUCAGAGAAUUGUGGGAGGGAGUGCAACGCAGAAGCAUUGCUCGGUAGAAGGCAGCUGUCUGUCCAUCGCGAUGGAAACUGGGGACGUGGAUGACGAAUACGCUAGAGAAGAAGAACUAGCAUCCAUGGGAGCACAAAUACAAAGCUACUCAAGAUACUGUGAGAGCAGCAGUUCUGUUCGAGUAGAGAACCAAAGUGCAGCCUUGUCUGGGCCAGGAAGAAAUGUGAGCUGUAGUUCACAGAUGGUGAAUUCCAGGGACGUGCCUGACAAUAUUCUGUAUCAUAACAGAGACUACCACUUGCCUGCACGGACCUCAUUACAUACAACAACCAGUACAUUAUAUAACAGUGCUAAUCCAUCAAGAAGUACCUUUUCUCCUCAUUUUACAUCUUCAAGUCAACUGAGGCUGUCACAAAACCAAAAUAAUUACCAGAUUUCAGGAAACCUUACUGUGCCUUGGAUUACAGGUUGUUCCAGAAAAAGAGCAUUACAGGACCGCACACAAUUUAGUGACCGAGACUUAGCUACCCUAAAGAAAUACUGGGACAAUGGCAUGACCAGCCUCGGCUCAGUCUGCAGAGAGAAAAUUGAAGCUGUGGCUGCAGAAUUAAAUGUUGACUGUGAAAUAGUGCGGACUUGGAUUGGGAAUCGAAGACGGAAAUAUCGUUUAAUGGGGAUUGAGGUCCCACCCCCUAGAGGAGGUCCUGCUGAUUUCUCUGAUCAAUCUGAAUUUGUUUCUAAAUCAGCACUUAAUCCGGGAGAGGAAACUGCUACUGAAGUGGGGGAUGAUAAUGAUAGGAAUGAUGAAGUAUCAAUCUGCUUAUCUGAAGGAAGCUCACAAGAAGAGACAAAUGACGCCCUUCAAAAUGAAGAAAUUGGUCACAAAGAUGAUGACCAGCACCCAGUAUCUACUGAUAAUGUGAAAAUAGAAAUUAUAGAUGAUGAAGAAAGUGAUAUGAUAAGUAAUUCUGAAGUGGAUCAGAUGAGUUCUCUUUUGGAUUACAAGAAUGAAGAAGUCAGAUUCAUUGAGAGUGAGUUGGAGAAUCACAAGCAGAAGUAUUUUGAACUACAGACGUUUACUCGGAGUUUGAUACUUGCUAUUAAAUCAGAUGAUAAAGAACAGCAGCAGGCACUGCUCUCAGACUUACCUCCUGAACUAGAAGAAAUGGAUUUCAACCAUGCAUCCCCAGAGCCUGAUGAUACCUCAUUCAGCUUGUCGUCUUUAUCAGAGAAAAAUGCCUCAGACAGUUUGUGAUUUAUUUUUUUUAAUUGACAAAAAAGAAACCCCGCGUAACGUGUAGGUUUCAAGAGAACGGCGUGUUGCUCUCCAGUGUUCUUCGGUCCAAAAAAGAAAGCCCAAGGUGAAGUAGACCUUCCUG